AGACUUUAAUUUUCGAACCUACAUAAUAAAUAAAGUAUGAAUCCUAAUCUACCAAUUACUUUUACCAACAAUAAUGUCGAUGAUUGCUUUGUAAAUUUAGAUAAGUUAGAUAAGAAAUCAGCCUUAAAAAUUAUAAAUUAUCUUUAUAAAUAUAUCACAGAAGAAAACAAUGAAAAAAAGCCUGAAGAAGAUAAUGUAAAGAGUUUGAAUGAUCAAGUUUCUCAUAAUAAACUAAUGGAAAGCUUUAAUUCUUUAUUAGUUGAAAAACAAAAUCUUGAAGCAAAAUAUAAGGAAUUAGAAAAAAUUAAUUCUAACUUGAAACAACGAGUAUCAAAGUAUCAAUCUGCACUUGGAGAAACAAAAAAUUUUCGGUUUGAUGACAAUGAUAAAAAUAAUUCAGUUCAACUUAAAGACGACAUUUUAAGUUUACAAGAUGCUUUAGAAUUUUAUGUUACAAACCUAAGACCGGAUAUAGAAAUCAAUUACAAAAACGUAAAUAAUCUCCUUAGUAAAUAUGGAAGCGAAACAAGGAUAACCUCAAAUCCCUCCGAUAUACCCCUCAUUAAAGCAGUUUUACAACGUCACGUUCUUGAAAUAAUUUUCGGGUAUGUUUCUGUGUAUACCACUCACAAAAGCUUCGAUAAACCUUAUUCUCUUGAAGCACUAAUUUCGGACAAAGCAAAAGAAUUGAUUUUAUUAACACAAGAAUUUGGAUUGACUCGUGAAGGUAAUGAUAGCAUUACCCCUACUGUGCCCGUAAAAAUAAGACAACAAAUUUAUUCGUCACUUGGAAAUCGAGGACUUUCUAAUGUUACAAUUGGACAAGAAACACAUGAACAUGCCUUCAUUUAUAAUUUCAAAACUAAACUCAACGAAGAAAUGGAGCAAUAUCGUAAGAUUUUAAAUACUACAAGGAAAAGAGAAAUUGAAGAAAAAGCGGCUAAUAUAAUUUUAGAUGUCAUUAGAAUCUUUUGUUUUAGGAUUCAAACUCAGGAACCUAUAGGCCAGAUUCAUUGGUUUCAGAAUAAGGAUAAAAUAGAUUCAAGUUUAAUGAAUUGUACGUGGGAUGAUGAUAGGUUUGAUGAUCUUGAAGUUGACAUCUGUAUAUUCCCAUUGAUAGGAACUGAAUUAAAUAAUCAUUUAAAACACAAAGUUUACACGCAUGCUAUUAUAUAUCCUCGGGAAGUUGAUUCAUUGCCGAGUAAUCUGACUAAAACGGUCUACUCGCAAUCUCAAUCAGAGCAGCCUAAAUACGAUGUAUAUUAUCGAUCUCCAUCAAAACAAUCUGACAUCAACUCACAAUCGCAAUCACCACCCGGUCCGGAGAAAAAUGAGGAAAGCUCUCAAUCGCAAUCGCAAUCUGGUCCGGAGGAAAAUGAAGAAAACCCUCAGUUGCAACCUAAUCUAGAGACCACGCAAGUUGAUGAAAAAUGAGGGAAAAAAAAAAAACUAAAAAAGUUCUUUUCUAAACUUGUCUCGUAAUUUAUUAAUAUAAUUUUAUUUUAAUAAUAAGAAUAAAUACAUACAUAUACUCGUGUAUUCAAAUGAAAUUUAAAUAUAUACUGUAAAUACUCUGAAAAUACUUGUAUAGUUAUAAAUCAAUCAUCUUCUAUAUCUAUCUCAAAAGUAGUUAGACGACUUUGCCCGUUUAUUGUAUAUCUUGCGGUAG